AAAAACUUUGGUACACGUCUAUCUGCACACGAGGAAAAGCGGGCAGCACACGCUGCAAUGUUCUCAUCCUUCGGCCUCCGUGCUCCUGCAUAAAACAGUGGUGAGGAGGGAGUCUUCUUAUACACUCGUUGCAAAUCUAAAGACGUAUAUUCUAUUCUGUUCACCUCAUCAGCUUUAAUUUCCUUGCCGUCUUCUGCGGAUCGCGCCGAAUCUAUAUCUGCCUCCCAGACCAGACGCACCAGGGCGGGCUUUCUCUUCCUGAUUGACACUUUUCCUCGCGAUCGAUUCCUUCUUGUGAAGCCGCCGGCCGGCUCUUGAUUUGAUGAAAGAGGAGGAACGUUGGCACAUAACGCUUUGAGCGCGGAUUUGUUUGGUGUGCAUUGUCGACCAUGAGCACACCGAUCGACGAACUCCCUAGGUUGGAGUUCGACACUCCUACCCAUCGAACAUCAGACGAUGAUUCUACCGCCGUCAAUGAGAAGCCAGAUGGGUCCGUGGACAGUCAUGCGCUUCGAGAUCGUUUGAGGGUAGAAACUCGCCGCCGAGAUACCGUCGGUGCUCGUUUCGAAGAGCCAGUCAGACCCUCUCCCUCUCAAACGAGGGAAGAGAGUUCGAGGCUAGACGACGAACUUCUGUUGCAAAGAGCGGAGAAAUUGGCUUCGGCGGAAUCGAGGGCAUCUGACGCUGGCCGGAAUUCUGCAACCUUGCAUCGAUCAAGAUCACGGGCUCCCGAACCUCUCGACGAGUUCGAUACGGCUACUAACCCUAUUCACGAACGCACACAAAUAUACAAGCCGCCUGCGAAUCCCAGCACCAAAAUCUCCAGGUUCUUCAAGAAGAUUCACCAGUCGAGCUUCGUGGUCCGCUAUUUCACUUAUAUCAUGCCUGUAUUCGCACUGCUCCUGAUCCCCAUCCUCAUCGGUUCACUUCUACCUAGGGGCAGAAAUUCUGAUGUGGGCGGCGUCCAGCUUCUUUGGUUCGGAGUUUGGCUCGAAAUUGUUUGGUUGACGCUGUGGGCCGGUCGAUUCGCAGCAAGAUUAAUCCCAUAUCCUCUUGGGUUAAUAUCGAGCUUAUUCACCAACAACGCCAAAAAAUGGAGAGAUCUGGGGAAAGCGCUGGAGAUUCCUGCUACUGUUUUCUUCUGGUGGCUCGGUAUCGAGAUUUCUUUCCUGCCCACCAUGAGAAACCACCUGGUAUCUGGUGUCAGCCAUGCUCCGGAGUGGACAAAUGUGCUCAACAAGAUCAUAGUGUCCAUCUUUGUGGGCGUCACACUGAACUUCAUUGAGAAGAUCAUAAUUCAGCUCAUAGCCAUCUCGUUCCACCUCCGGACCUAUGCCGACCGCAUCGAAAUUAACAAGUUUCAGAUUGGCAGUCUCACCAAGCUAUACAUCUUCUCCAAGGCUGAAAUUGCCAUGGAAGACAAUGAAUUCGAGGAGAAGCCAUCGGGACAGGCAUCUGGAAUGCGAACGCCAGCCAUGUAUGCGACUCAGGCUCAACACGCCGUCACUAAGGCAUUUGCUAAAGUCGGAGAUGUGGCCGGUACCGUGGCAGGUGACUUCACAGGCAGGACGAUCGCUAAGAGCGGACAUCCGUCACAAGUCGUCUUGACCCUGUUGAAUUCCACCACAGGGUCUCAAGUCCUGGCUCGGCGUCUUUGGCGAACCUUUGUCCGCGAUGGCGAAGAAAAUGUCAAACCCGAUGACCUCCAAGCGGCAUUUGACAACGGCGAAGAAGCUGAUGCGGCCUUCAGCAUGUUUGACAAGGACAUGAAUGGCGACAUUUCCAUGGAAGAACUUGAAGCUGUCUGUGUCGAGAUCGGUCGGGAACGGAAGUCGAUCACGGCCUCGCUUAAGGACUUGGACUCCGUGGUUAGUCGCCUAGACGAUGUUUUGUUCUUCAUCGUCUGUAUUGUCACCGUCCUUGUCCUUAUCUCGCUCAUCUCAACCGCUGCAGCUGGUGUGUUGACCUCUGCUGGCUCCCUGGUCUUGGGCUUAUCUUGGCUCUUCUCUGCCACUGCUCAGGAAUUCCUGCAGUCAUGUGUCUUUGUCUUCAUCAAGCACCCGUUCGAUGUCGGCGACAGGGUAGCCAUCUAUGGCAACACAGGAUCGACCCUCAAGGGUGACGACUACUUCGUCAAGGAGAUUUCUUUAUUGUAUACCGAGUUCAAGAAAAUGGAGGGCCACGUGGUGCAAGCGCCAAACUCCUAUCUGAACACACUUUUCAUUCUAAAUCAGCGCCGAUCUGGAGGGCUUGCUGAGGCUGUACCUAUCGUCAUCAAGUUUGGAACCACGACGGAUCAGAUCAAUGCUCUACGCGCGAAACUCAUCGAAUACGUUAAGGAAGAAAAACGUGAGUUUCAAGGAAACAUCCUGACUGAGCUCCGAGAUAUUACCGAAGCUUAUUCAUUGACGCUAAAUAUCGUCUUCUUUUACAAGUCGAACUGGCAAAAUGAAUUACUUCGACUUACACGUCGAAAUAAGUUCAUUUGCUCGUUAAUGGAGGCCAUGCAAGAGGUUGGUAUCGAAGGACCCAGACAAACACAGGCCGGUUGGAAACCGGAGCUGCCUUAUUAUAUGCAGUUGCCCCCUGGAGCACCUCCUCUCUUCGGGCAGAACGCAAUGGAUCCAAAUGGCGGUCAACCUGGCGGAGGCAUUGCCGGAGAUGGUACUAAUGACGCACCGUUUAUUGCUGCUCCUCUCAAUCCUUCGUCAACAAUGCGGCGACGCCCCAGUACAGGGCAACUAGGACGGCCUCGAGGUGAAUCCCUUUCUUCAUACGGGCGUCGAAAGGACUUUUCUCUUGGAAUGAGUGAGAUCAAUUCUGGGGAGCAGCUUUCUGACGUGUACGAAGAUCGAGAGCGUCCCCAAUACAGGGAACUCAUCCGGGAAGCAAACAGAAUCGACGAAGAGCGAAGAACAUCGGAGUCACGAGACCGCGAGGGCGACGGGAGGUCAACCUCAAAGGAUAACCAUGCGAUGAGCGGCAUACUCAGGAGGUCGACCACACAAAGCUUUGGCGGUCGCAAUCGUGGGGAGUCGAUUGGCCAGCCUCACAGGGCGUCCAUCAGCAGCCAGGAUACCCACCGCAACCGCUUCCUGGGCCGAUUCAAACGAUCCGUCGAACUUCCUCGAGACUCUCUGGCAGAAGAAGGCCAAGCUCCUCGUCUGCCACCUUUGGACUCCAGGUCUGGCCGCGUGGAUUCUCAGGCAGUGCGCAUGGAUUCCACGACUUCUGGCCCGAAUGAGCCGUUUCCGGUGAUGCAACCGGUUGAGAGUCAAAGCGAAGAUUUUGAAUUGAGGAGGGUUGGGCAGAGCUCUACGCAGAAGCCGCAGUAGAGCUCGGUAGUAGGAUUCGUCUGGAGCAGCCCAUCUGGCAGUAUGUCUGGGGAGUCUCUUUGACUGCAUCCCUGGUUGGAAAAGCGUUGCACAUAACUUCUUUUUGGAUGAGUGGAUCAUCACUGGACAAAUCUACAUGUGGUCUUGAGCGACUGCAUUCUUAUGAACAUAGAUAUAGAGCUUACGAGAGGCGUUAGCUCCAUGUGAAUGGAGAGGCUAUGGAUAGCCAUUGAAUUGAUUGGUUCAGAGCUUCUAUCAA